AUGUCAGCUACCGACGAGAAAAUUGUUGUUAUUAACAAAUGGGAUGGUUUAACUGUUAAAAACACUUUGGAUGAUACUGUCAAAAAGGUAAGAUUUUAUUGAUUUUUUAUUUAUUUAUUCAAAGAAUUUUUCAAAAAUGAUGAUUUAGCUUCUAAAUGAUCGAAUUGGAUGGACAGAAUCACACCAAAUUAUGAACUUGCGACUAUUGAUUUCUUUUGUUGGUGUUGCAUUUGCUGGAUUCGCUUGUGCUUAUGACUAUUAUGAUCCUUAUCCAAAAUCUGGUCCGGUUUUACUUGUUUGUUCAAUCACAUAUUUUAUCGCUAUGGGUAUUUUACAAAUCUUCGAAUGGUAUUAUGCCAAAGACUGCUUCUAUGAGGCCAUCGAACUCGAUAAAAAACAAAAACGUAACUGGUCAUGGAGUUCAGAAAUGAGAAAGUGAGUUAUUAUUCCUUUUAAAAAAUUGAGCAAUUAUAAAUUUGAAAAUACUUCUAGAUAUGACGAUAAAUACACACUUUCUGCCGAGUUCAAGAAAGAAGGUCGAUCAGGUCAAGCCAAAAUCACCAAAUCUGUUGGUUCUUACAUCGAUCAUGAUGGAGAGGUUGGUAUUUUAUUUUAAAAUUAUUCAAUUUCAAAAAAAACUCUUUUCAGGUUAUUGUUCCACUUCUUAAAGCAGAAGUCGAUUCUCUUUAUCAACGACUUGUCAAGGGGGAAUAA